AUGGAUAACUUAUCACUUUUAGCUGUUGGAAACUUAGAUGGAUCAAUAAUGAUAUUGAGUAUAAUUGAGGACGAUAAUCAGCCUCCUUACUGUUCCUAUCAUUAUAAAUUAUUAAUUUUUUGCCACUCAUUAGAUAUUUACUCUUUAUCUUGGUCUGAUAGCAAUAAUUUAUUAGCAUGCUGAAAUUAUUGAUAAAUGCCUAAGUCCUACUCUAUAAUACAGGAUUUCUUAAUAGUCUAUUUAUAAUAAAAUGUAUAUCUGGAAGUGCUGAUGGGACAUUAAAAAUUUUAAAAAUAAAUCCUGAAGAAAGUAAAGGAGGGGAUGCAGAAACAGCCCAGUCUUUAGAAGAUACAUCUUUCACUGAAAACCUCGUAUGGUCCUCCAAAGCAUCUGAUUUUAUUCAUGCAAUAUCAAAGAGAUAA